UCGCUGGCUCCCCCCCUCUCGCAUUUAUAACCGCCCUCGCCGCCGGGGAGGACGGAGACCAGCACCGCACACCACAACCGCCCGCCCCAACAACAGAGACGGACCCGACCAUGGUUUACGGCGGAGAGGAGGCGCUGAGGCGGCAGUACUCCAUCGGCGACGAGAUCGGGCACGGCCGGUUCGGGACCGUCCGCCGGUGCCACUCCAACGCCACGGGGGAGGCGCUGGCGUUGAAGACCACGCCCAAGGCGCCGCUGCGUGACGCGCUCGACCUCGCCCUCGCGGAGCAGGAGCCCAAGCUGCACCUCCUCGCCUCCUCCCCGCCCUGCAGCCCGCACCUGGUCGCGCUCCACGCCGCCUUCGACGACGCCGACGCCGUCCACCUCGUCGUCGACCUCUGCGCCGGCGGGGACCUCCUCUCGCUCCUCUCCGCCCGCGGCGGCCGCCUCCCCGAGCGCGAGGCGGCGGGGCUCGCCGCGCAGCUCGCCUCCGCGCUCGCCGCCUGCCACCGCCGCGGGGUCGCGCACCGCGACGUCAAGCCCGACAACCUGCUCUUCGACGCCGCCACCGGCGCGCUAAAGCUCGCCGACUUCGGCUCCGCCGAGUGGUUCGGGGACGGGCGCCGCAUGUCCGGGAUCGUCGGCACGCCCUACUACGUCGCCCCCGAGGUGGUCGCCGGCAGGGAGUACGGCGAGAAGGUGGACGUGUGGAGCGCCGGGGUCGUGCUCUACAUGACGCUGUCGGGGUCCGUGCCGUUCUACGGCGCCACAGCACCGGAGAUCUUCGAGGCCGUGCUCCGCGGCAACGUCCGCUUCCCGCCGCGCGCCUUCGCCGGCGUCUCCCCCGAGGCCAAGGACCUGAUGCGCCGCAUGCUCUGCAAGGACGUCUCCCGCAGGUUCUCCGCCGAACAAGUCCUGAGGCAUCCGUGGAUCGCGAGCUGCGGAGGGGAUGCGGUUGCGGGCUGAAGAAAUCGAUGGGCCAACAUGCGGCACGCGCUCCAUCCGCCUGUAGAUAGAAGAUGUCUCCACGGACGACGGCUCUGCUCUGUUUCUCCGGCAAAUCGGCGAUGGACAGAAGCAGCGGCGGUGCCGGAGUUGAGUCCAGUCAGUAGAACUAGCGGUGGUUCCUUCCGUGAUCCUGUAGGUCUAGAUAUGGGUCUCUGGUGAAGCUGGAAUUGCAGAAGCUUUCACCUGAGUUAGCCUGAAUGUGUGUUUGUUCUCUGAAUCUCUGUACUAGUCCUUGUACAUAGUCUUGUUCAGUUCUAGCUGAAGAGGAAGAGAGGGUUUAGUAGUACUUAGUGGUACUUAGUAGGCAGGCUUGUUCAGAAGAAUGAAAAUGGAGCAAAAAUUAUGUGCAUGUUUUGUACAAA